AUGUCUGCCAACAUGGCCGGAGAAUAUUCUCAUGUUCCAGGGGGACUUCUCACUGAAGACGAGGUCGCCGGCUUGUCGCCAAUUGACUUUGUGACUUUGGGCAUGUUCAUCAUUGAUGAGAUACAUUUCCUCCCGCCAACGCCGCCCGUGCAAGACAUCCUUGGCGGUGCUGGGUCGUACGGUGCCCUCGGAGCCCGCCUCUUCUCCCCGCCUCCCGAAUCCUCCUCCGUCGGCUGGAUCGUUGACCAGGGUUCUGACUUCCCGCAGGCUCUUACUGACCUCAUCAAUACUUGGGAAACAUCAGUCGUCUUCCGCGAGGAUCCAGACCGCCUUACUACCCGUGGCUGGAAUGGCUACGAAACGGCUGAGAAGCGCGCUUUCAAGUAUACGACGCCCAAGAAGCGCCUUACCGCGGAUGAUCUGACCUCUCACCUGCUACUCGCGAAAUCCUUCCACCUCAUCUGCUCCCCGGCCCGGUGCAGGGACCUUGUGGCCGACAUCACCUCAGCCCGCAAGCGCGUGUGCCCGCCUGACCUCUACAUCAAACCGAUCUUUAUAUGGGAGCCCGUUCCCGAUCUGUGUACCCCUGAUGAGCUCCUCAACUGCACAAACACACUCCCGCUCGUCGACAUCUGCAGCCCGAAUCACUCUGAGCUCGCCGGCUUCAUGGGCGACGACGGUUUGGAGCCUGAAACAGGCGACAUAUCCAAAUCCGCCGUCGAGAGAUCUUGCGAGCAGCUGCUUGCCAGUAUGCCGUUGCAAUCUUUCACUCUUGUCGUGCGCGCGGGAGAUAAGGGCUGCUACGUCGCCCGGAACGGCGGUCGCAAACGCCAGCCAGGACGCUGUGACGGGGUCGGUAUUAAGCGUCGAAAGAAGGAUUACACGAGAGGCGGCCUCCAGCCGGAUACUGACAUGGAGGCACUGUUUGCUGGUCUCCUACAAGACGACGAAGGUGCCGUUGUUAGAGAAGAGAUUGAAAUUGAUGCUGGCACGGAGCAAUGGAUACCAGCCGUUCACCAGGACCGAGCCAAGGUAGUGGAUCCGACUGGCGGCGGCAAUACUUUCCUAGGCGGUCUUGCCGUCGCCCUCGCGAGGGGGAAGAGUGUCGAGGAGGCUGCCGUUUGGGGCAGUGUGGCUGCUUCUUUUGCGAUCGAGCAAGUUGGCGUCCCCACGUUGGGCAAAGAUGAGAAUGGGAACGAGACGUGGAACGGCAUCCGAGUAGAGCACCGGCUUGCCGAGUUCCAGGCUCAACUGCACUAA